AUGGAUGAAGGGAAGCAUAAAUCUAGGAAGGAGGAUUCGGAGAGGGGUGAGGUGGAGGACUUGAAGGAGUCGAAGUGGCGCCAUCGUGAUCGCGAUAGAGAAAGAGAUAAGGAGAGAAAUGGGGAGAGACACAGGGACAGGGACCAAGAUAGGGUGAAGAAAGACCGUGAUAGCUGGCGUUCAAAGAGAGAGAAGAGUAGUGAAUUUGAUGACAAGGAGAGAAAUGGGGAAAGACAUAGGGAGCUAGUUAGGGAGAAGAAGGACCGUGAUAGCCGGCGUUCUGAGAAAGAGAAGAGUAGUGAAUCUGAUGAGAAGGAGAGAAAUGGGGAGAGGCAUAGGGACCAGGAGAGGGAGAAGAAGGACCGAGAUAGUCAGCAUUCUAAGAGAGAGAAGUGUAAUGAUUCUGAUGGCAAGCAUGAUAGAAUUAGGGAGAAGCAUAGAGACAGGGACAAGGAUAAGGAUAGGACAUGA